CCGCGCCCGCUCCUAUAAAGGCCGACGCCGCGCCGCGCCGCCGUAGUGGCCUUGUCCUCCGCCUUUUUCUUAUUGUGCAGACGCCGCCCGGCUCUUGUCAGCCUCCGGCCGUCAGUCCUCUCAGCCCGAGCACCAUGCCUUCAAUUAAGUUGCAGAGUUCUGAUGGAGAGAUAUUUGAAGUUGAUGUGGAAAUUGCCAAACAGUCUGUGACUAUCAAGACCAUGUUGGAAGAUUUGGGAAUGGAUGAUGAAGGAGAUGAUGACCCAGUUCCUCUACCAAAUGUUAAUGCAGCAAUAUUAAAAAAGGUCAUUCAGUGGUGCACCCACCACAAGGAUGACCCUCCUCCUCCUGAGGAUGAUGAGAACAAAGAAAAGCGAACAGAUGAUAUCCCUGUUUGGGACCAAGAAUUCCUGAAAGUUGACCAAGGAACACUUUUUGAACUUAUUCUGGCUGCAAACUACUUAGACAUCAAAGGUUUGCUUGAUGUUACGUGCAAGACUGUUGCUAAUAUGAUCAAGGGGAAAACUCCUGAGGAGAUUCGUAAAACCUUCAAUAUCAAAAAUGACUUUACUGAAGAGGAGGAAGCCCAGGUACGCAAAGAGAACCAGUGGUGUGAAGAGAAAUGAAAUGUGCCUGACACUGUAACACUGUAAGGAUUGUUUCAAAUACUAGUUGCACUGCUCUGUUUAUAAUUGUUAAUAUGAGACAAACAGUAGACAAAUGCAGCAGCAAAUCCGUUGUAUUAGCAGAAUAUUGUCCUCAUCGCAUGUGUAGUUUUUGAGUACAGACUCCAAACCUAUGGUUGACUUUCUUCUAGUAUGAUCGAAAGUUUCUUUUUUCUUUGCUCUGAAUAAAACUGAACUGUGGGUUCUCUAUAUAGAAAGUGGCAUUUUGGGCUUUCCCUCUUUUUUGUAAAGUGAUUUCUGCCUAGUUUAUUGUCCAGUUAACUUUAGUGACCUUUUAAAAGUUGGCAUUGUACAUAAAACAACUUGCAAAAAUUUUCUGAAAUAGAAUUAAGAAAAUACUAUCUUUAAUACAUGAGUUGGAAACUGGAGAAAGGCCACCUGAAGUAAAGGUUCUGAGUAGGGUUAUUAGGGUGCCUUCCAGCCUCCUAGAGUCAAGGAGUACCACUGGUAUUGAUUAACUUGUAUGUAGCAGGGCUCCCUUAAUUGGAUCUGAGGACUUGCUUUUUUUUAUUUUUAAUUCUCCUAGCUUUGAAUAUAUUGCCUAAACUAGAGUCAUAGUUACCUACCCAGUUUGUGGUUUUCUUUUGGAGAGAUGUAACUGGACAGUUUGUUAGCUUUUCAAUUAAAAAAGACACUUAACCCA